GCUAAGGACGAGGGAAAGAGAAACAAAGAGGCGACUGGUUCUGCGCGUGCGUCGUAGUGGACGAAGGGAUAUCGGGAAAUGAGUGUGCACCUGCUGUCCAGACUGCUCAAGGGCACGGGAUUGGUGGCCUCUCCCUCAAGUAAUCAGAUCAAAGGAGAUCGCGGUCAAGCUCCCUCUUCUUUGGAUGCUGAAGGUCCGACGUAUCGUCACGGCGAAGGUUCUUCUGAUCAGCAGCGACGUGCUGACCGAGGGGAUGUGGGUUCCGCUCAUCACACGGAGAAGGGUCAAUGUGGAGGAUCGGGGCGGGGAUCGGGACCUACUAGACCAGGACUGCGAUCUAGACCAAGAGGAUCGGGACCUAGACCAGGAUCGGGCCCUGGACGAGGGUCGGAGCUUGGACCAGGAGGAGCGGGAUCCGGACGUGUAACUGUGGAAUCGGUUGUCCCUUCUCUCGACCAGGGCAGGCGGGGACUCCAACAUCGGGACUUGCAAGAUCGGGACCCACAAGAUCGCGGCCGUCCGUUACAGCAGAACCGUGGGCGGGAUGACACGUCCCGACACAGUUCCGGUCUGUCGCAGCCCACCACCAGGGUAACCACCUCCUCGUCUGUUGGGGGCCGGGAUCGCGAUGGCUAUCAUCCUAGUAAUAGCAGUUUCGUCUCCGGAAACGCCGGCGGAGGGGGGGAGGGUGGCGGUCCACGUGGCGUGAAAGGGGGGGAGGGAGGGGAGGAAAAUGCUGCUGCCACGUCAUCAUAUUCGAAUCCAAUCCGCCGCCGCCGAUCUAGUGGCGGCGGGGAUGACGUGGGAUCGGGACGUGGAAGAUCGCGACCUAGGGGCGAAGACAGGCACAGGCAGGCUCCUGGGGUCCUUUCGCCGCCGGGAUUGUCAUCGACUUCAAGACCCUCUCGGGCGAUUGGUCGAGGAGCGAGGGAGAGAGGGAGGGAGGACCCGGCAGCUGUUGUCGGUCAUGAUGUUUCGUUGUCUGCGACUGGAUGGGGCCGUGGUAAUGAUGCCAGGCGACGAGCACAGCAUAUUGCGAGUUCGCGCGGAAGAUCGGAGCUGGAGGAGGAGGAGGAGGAGGAGGAGGAGGAGGAGGAGGAAGGUUAUGAUGGUUAUGGUGGAGGAGGAGGAGGAGGAACUGCACGUGUGCAGUUGAGAGCAAAAGAAGGUUAUGACUAUCGUCGUCGCGGAGAAGAGGGUUUGGUUUCGGGGACGGGCUUGAAGGUCACGUGCUCGAUGCCAGGUCGGCGCGUCGUUUCUCUGCUUGACCCGUCUCUGACGCCGCCUAGCAGCAGGGGGGAGAUCAACAACCCGAAGAAGAUACGUCAGCGAGAAUGGGGAAGAGGACGGGUGGAUGACUUGGAGGCUGCUCGGACGACAUCGACCGGCAGUCGCUUCGAUGGCCACGUGGCAGGCAGUCGGGCGCCGACGAGGAGCGAAGAAGCAGAAGUGGAGCAGCGUGCCCCGUUUCCACGUGGCAGCGGAUCCGGGGGAUUGGUGGUGACGUGCACGAAAUCGGGUCGUCGUGUUGUAGAUCGGGAUCGGGAUGCAGUGUCUUGGCCCAAAGGGCAACUUGAUGGGCCAAGCCCGCGUGUCAGGGGUUACUCUCAACAACGGGACGAUCACGGCGGCGGCGAACGCGCUCAUCGCUUCGACGGUCCGCAUUAUGGGACGAUUAGCGCCCGGACUGCGCCGGCAGCAAGUGCGCGGGGGGGCGCGGAGGGAUCUGAUGAUGUCCCUCGCACGAGAUCGUCGUCGGGAUCUGCAACAAGACGUGAUUAUGUCGGCGGUGAACUUUCUUCUUAUCGGCAACAACAAGAGCCGCCGCAGCCGCCGCCGCCGCCGCCGCCGCCGUUGCAAACGUUGGAGUGCAAGCCUGCUGCCGUCGGUAUCCGGACAUGGGGAAGUAGGGAACCCCCUCGAGCGACGAAGGGUUUGUUGCGCGCCGCGAAGGCUGAAGAGACCGUUGCGGUCGGGAUCCCGCGGAGAAUGCAGCAGGAGGGCGGUGGUCAACGGGGCGGCGGGUUCUCAUGUAGAGGAGCAACCAGUUCGGCUGCCACGUCAGCACGAAAGGCAGAAGUCUCCGAAGUACUGCUGUCUUCGGAUGCCACGUCAGCACGAAUGUCAUCAGUGGCGAUCGGAUGCCACGUCAGCACGAAUAAUAAGAGUGGACUCGUCGAUAAGAAUGGGUCAAUAAUGAGUAGGAUGAGAGGGAGUACUGCUGUCUUCGCUAAGCUCACGUCUUCCGCAGGUCAGGUUGCAGUCAUCGAAGAUACGAUGCGAUCUGUCAGCAGGGGCGAUCGGGAUCGCGAUAUCAAGGAGUCUGCUGAGGUUAUUAUUACAGCUGGAGGGGCUUCGCUAGAUCAGACAGAAGUGUCAUCGGUGGACAGCUCGAUGAUCGACAAUGCUGCUGCGGCGGGAGAUGAGUACGAAUCUUACGAAUCUUAUGGGGAGGGGGAGGGGGAGGAGGAGGGUGGUGGUGAUGGUGGUGGUGGUGGUGGGAACGAGGAUGAUUCGGUUUAUGAACGGACUGUUUCGUCAGGCAGGAGUGUUCCAAGCACAGAGAAGGCGGCUGCAGGAGAAGACGACGACGAUUACAACUCUUACGAGUCUUAUGAAGAUGACGUCGGCGAUGGCUAUCUUCUCUCUCGUGGGAGUGAUGGCCAGAUGAGUUUUGGCGAUGGUGGUGGUGAUGAGGAUGAUGAGGAGAUCUUGAAGAGUAACAGGAGUAAUCGAAAGAAAGAAUCUUCGUUGGCAGGAGAUGACCCGCACGCAGGGGAGAAUGCCGAUGAUGAUGAUGCUAGUAGGUCUGCAGAUGUCUCUGCUGAUGAUGAUGCAGGAGACGGCGACGGCUUUGAAGAUGGGGUCGAUGACGAUCGGGAUCGCGAUCGCGAGUCUUAUGAGUCCCACGACGAUCGCAGUGGCGGUCGCGAUCGCGAUCGCGAUGCAGAUGGAGAUGGGUAUGGGUAUGACUCCUACGAAUCUUUUGAUAAUGGGGACGGUGGUGUGGGACAGCCGGGUCGGGAUCGCGAUCGCGAUGGCCUUAGUCAUUACGCUGCUGAUCACGUGGUGCCGAGGUCAACGGGGCUGGAUGUAGAUGAUGCCACGUGUCCGUUACCGUGCGCCAUAGCUGAGAGCGAUCACGAGAAGACUCGUCGAGGAGAUAAUGAUGCCUCAUCGUCUGUGAAAGUUGCUAUGGCCAAAAGGGCAUUGGCAGAUACUGGGACUACUAUUGUUCAGGUGCGCACGUCGAAUCCUGUCGUCGUUGGGCAACAACAACAACCUUGUGCAUCGGAAGGACAGCGUACUCUUCUCUGUUCUCAAACCGUGUCGAAGUCAGCAAUCAGCCCGAAGUCUGCCAAUGUGGACUUGAUUGGAGAGAGAGAGACUCCUUGUGACGACGAGGGAGAAGGUAGUGGAGGUGCUGAUCAGCCUACUCUUCUCUGUUGUCAAACCCUCUCGAAGUCAGCAAUCAGCCCGAAAUCUGCCAAUGUGGACUUGAGUGGAGAGAGAGAGACUCCUUGUGACGGGGGAGAAGGUAGUGGAGGGGCUGAUCAGCAGAUCUCUCGACUUGCAUUGGCAGAGCAGUUGCUCGAGUGCGCGAAGUGCGGGGGCGACACGUGGAUAGAUGGUGAUGUCGAGCGAGUUGUACAAGUAACGGGAGUUUAUGGCAAUCAGGGAGGAGGAGGUGGUGGUGCUGCUGCUGCUUUGGACAGAGCUGGAGCUGUGUCUACGGAGGCGAUGACGGUGCAUGUUUUGAAGACCGGGGAUGCCAGUCCGAUAAGUGAUGGCGAUAGCCAGCUGGUAUUAGCGAAUGGGGGUGAGGAAACGCAAGGAGCAGAACGGGCAGAACGAAUCCUUGGCCCUGAUGAACUUGUCAAACGGGGUAACAGCUGUGAUGACAGCGCUGCCGGACAGGAAAUGAUUUCUGAGGAGUCUGCCUACAGCCGUUGCGUCGGGGAUUACGUGUCGGGAUUAGACGAGGGAGUGCACAGGGUCGUGGAAUCUGGACAGGGGAAGGAUGGUUCGACGGGGGUAUCAGAUACCAUGGUACCGGGCACCAUGGCACCAUCAUCGGAGGCAAAUGCCCAGGAGGAUGCAGCAGUGGAGAUAAACCAGCAAAACCAAAUGCGGACAACAUCCACUGUGUGGGCUUCGACGCGGCUUGAGGGCGAUACUGCUGCCCCUUUUGAGGAGGCGGCGGGGCCCAGCAAAGUGCCCCUUGAUGUGGGUAUGGGUAGUGAGGCCACACGAGUACAAGAGGAGGAAAUUCGAUCGCUGGAGGAUAGUGUGAACGCGGGGGAUCAGUCCGAGUUGCUGUCUUCUUCUAGUGUCCCAUCAGCUGAUGGGACACUAGAAGAAGAGAUUGGUGGUAGCACGGAAGUAGUUGGGCGGCGGAAGAAUGAAACUUCGUCGUCGUUGUCCUCAUGCAAUGACGUAAACGACGUCGUCGUCGAAGCUGCUCCCACUGGGGAGGUGGUGGGCAUGGAGACAUCAGGCAGCAGCAUUGUUGAAGAAGAGCACGGUGCAGAGAAGAUCCCGGGUCGAGAUGGUGAAGCAGACGUGUCCGAACCUGGACCAGAAGAUGAUGAUAAUCCGCGAGACAGCUGUGAUAAUGAUAAUGCUAAUCACGAGGAGGAUGUCCCCGAGCAAGUUCCUGCCAGAGAGUGGGCGCUCGCUGAGAUUAUCCUUGACUGGUCGGUCAAGGACAUCUUAAACGGAAGCCUAUUCUCGGAAAAGAUAUCAGACAUUCCGUGGCGAUUUGGGAGCUAUGAGGAAUACACUUCGGCGUUCCUCGUGCCAUUAUUGGAGGAGGUGAGGGCGCAGAUCCAGCAAGGUCUGUUGCAGCUCAAAGAACUUCCGCGAAAAGUUAUCACAGUUCUCGAUGCGCGGUGUGAAGAGCGCUUCUGCAAACUGUCAUUUAGCGAUGUUGGGCGGUCAGCAAUGCUUCAAAAGGACGCAAGGACUGGUGAAAUGAGUGAGUCGACUUGGCUGAGGCCGAUGGAUUUUGCUCUGUUGGCCAGCGAGGAAAUUGCACGGAUCGGGGACGUGGGGCGUUCGAAGAACGUUUUUCACAAGUUUCUUGUGAUUUCUUAUGCCCCGGAGUCCCGCGGAGGAUUCAUUCGCACGGGACAGGCUAUUUGCAAGCUCCGACCAUCCGACUUUAUCUACAAACGCCUUGUCGGCUGUGGCAAUUCAUCGUCGUCGGCAAAGUCGAACACAGCAUGGUGGCUCUUCAACGUAACGACUCUGAUCACUGCGUCAAGAGUCUAUGCUGCCCUCUCUCAAACGAGGGAAGAGGGGGAGCCUGCGGCAAAUUUGAUGGAAGAGAUUUUAUGCCGACCUCCGAUGGAAAAAUGCUCGAAAGGAGAGCACAAGUUGAGAGAGCCUUGUUCCUCUCCGGCUGAAGGAUCGCCUGACAGUGAAGAGAGCGUCAUUCUUACGAAAAGUGCACACGAUGAUGGGGCGCUGAGUCGGGAGUCGACUGAAUCUUCUUCGUCUCUAACUGAAGGAUCACCUGACACAUCACCUGAUACCCAAGAGAGCAUCGUGCUUACGGAAAGCCCACACGAUGACGAUGUGCGAAAUGAUGCACAGAAGCAGGGUUCAAGGAAACUGCCUGCCUCGCUGCACGAAGGAGCAUCUCGAAUCGCAGAGCCCAUCACACUUGUGGAGUGUGUGGGUGAUCGGGAGGUGCUGAACGAGUCAGAGGAGCAAGAUGCAACGAAGCCGCCUGCUGCCUCUCUAGCUGAAGGAUUGUCAAAGAAGCCGCCUGCUUCUCUAGCUGAAGAAGGGUCCUCUGGAGUUGAGGGGACCAUCGCUCCUAUGAAAUGUGUCGAGUGUGAAGAGCUGCUUAAUGUCUCACCGAAGCAGGAGUUGAUGCAACUGUCUGCCUCUUCGACUGUAGCAGAAUCGCGGUGUGUGGAAGAGCACGCGACACUUGUCAAGUGUGGACCCGAUGACGCACGGAUGCAAGGGUCCAUGGAACCGCCUGCCACUGUAACUGGAGCACCGACAGAGAUAAAAGAGAUGCUGAAUGACACAGAGAAGCAGGAGGCCAUGAAACUGCCUGCCUUGUCGACUGCAGCAGAAUCGCCGGGCAUGGCAGAGCAGCUAAAGCUCCUUAAGUGUGAGCCUGAUGAUGAGUUGCUGAACAACACACAGAAGGGAGAGUCCAUGAAACUGCCUCCCACGGUAAGUGAAUUGCCGGGCAUGGAAGAGCACAUAACACUUGUCGAGUCUGGACCCGAUGAAGAGUUGGUGGGCAUGGAAGAGCACAUAACACUUGUUAAGUCUGGACGUGAUGAAGAGUUGGUGGGCAUGGAAGAGCACAUAACACUUAUUAAGUCUGGACGUGAUGAAGAGUUGGUGGAUGCUGACAUACAGAAGCAAGAGCGCAGGGAACUGCCUGCCUCUUCGACUGCAGCAGAAUCGCCGGGCAUGGAAGAGCAGGUAACGCUCGUUAAGUGUGAACGUGAUGAAGAGUUGCUGAACAACACAGAGAAGGGAGCGUCCAUGGAACAGCCUCCCACGGCAACUGAAGUGUCGACAGAGAUCAAAGAGACCGUUGCUCAGACGAAUUGUGUAUUUGAUGAUGAGGUGCUGAACAACUCACAGAAGCGGCACAUGGAGCCAGAAACUGUAUUGCCUGAAGGAUCUGAUGACAUUGCAGAGAGUGUCGCACUUGCCAAACAUGUACAUCAUGGACAGGCAGUGAACGAAGCGUCUCUCACUGAAGGAUCAUCUGUGGUCGAAGAUGGCAGCACUCUGAUCGAACGCGUAUGUGUUGAGGAGGUGGUGGUCCCGGAUGUCUCAGAGAAGCAGGAGUCCCCCGCCACAGAAUUUCCUGUUGUGUUAUCGGAAGGAGUGACUGGGAAUGAAGAGACUGUUACGCUUGUGGAAUGCGAAUGUGAGGAAAUGGUGGCGGAUGAUGGCUCACAGGCACAGGAGUUGACGAAACGACCUGUCUGUCUAACUGUGGAGGAGAACAUCAGUCUUGCGGAGGAGAGCGUCAGUCUUGUGAAGCGUGUAUGUGAUGAGGAUGUCUCAGAGAAGCAGGAGUCCCUCUCCACAGAGCUACCUGCUGUGUUGUCUGAAGGCGUGACUGACAAUGAAGAGACUGUUACGCUUGUGGAAUGCGUAUGUGACGAAAUGGUGACGGAUGACGACUCACCUGCACAGGAGUUGACGAAAUCACCCGUCUCUCUAACUGCGGAGGAGAGCAUCAGUCUCGUGAAACGUGUAUGUGAUGAGGAGGUGUUGAAUGACUCACAGAAGCAGGCAAUUGUGAAAGUCGUUGCGGAUCAUUUGGGAUGUCUGGGAGAUUCUGAGGAGCGCCAAGCGAUCAGUCUUAUUCAAGGUCCACCAGGAACAGGAAAAACGAAAACGAUCGUCACACUGGUCUACGCACUGAGUUUGCUUGGGAACCAAACAUUGACUUGCGCGCCAACCAAUGCAGCCAUUAGCGAGUUAGCGACAAGACUGCUAGAUUUAGUUGUGAAGUCAAAGUCGAAAAAGGAAAAGAACUAUGGCAGUGACAGCCUCUUUUUGCCCAACGAGGGCGACGAGGGAGAGAAGGACAACGACUCUGGCCCUGUGCGUUCCGAGUCUUCAGCUGUCGACUGCACUCGACCUCCGCUGCGCCUUGCAGACUUAGUGCUUUUCGGGAAUAUGGACAGGCUUGACCUGGAAGGGUCACUGAGGAAGCUCUUUUUGCCGUUCCGCAAAGACCGAAUCAAGAUUGCGAUCGAGGGUCUGAGUAGUGGGGCCAUCUUUUCUUUGUGUCAGAAGUUGAUCUCCCUCCUUGAAUGGCUCUUAGAUCUGGACGGCAGGAAAUGGGUCAGCGAGGAGAAACGAAGAGCGCGGAAAGUGUCUACGAAGCGUGGGAGUUAUCGCACAAAUGCUAACCGCGGUGAACCUGAGGGGGGUUUCUGGUCAGAUUCCGACUCGGACGCCGAUAAUGAUCCCGGCAUUCAGCUCAGCGAAACGCUGAAGAAUGUGGGCUGGACGCUGGAUAUGCUCAUCAUGGAAAUGCGGACGGUGAUAGAGGAACUGCCAGACACGAUCGUGGACGCAGAGAGAAGAGCCGCAUUGGAAUCCAUGCAAGGAAAAUUCUGGGACGUCAACAGUUAUAUUCGGGGGUUGUAUUGCAACCACAUGAAGGAUGUUGCAAGGGCGUUCUGCAUGCCUCACCAGCUGGGACGGUGUUAUCUUCCGUGUGCGUUUGGCUGCACUGGGGAGUGGAAACCGCCUACGGAAGCGGCUCGUGAGAUCAAAGCGCGUGAGGAAAGGGGUGUUGUUGCUUCUAAUCCAGAUGUUAUUGUACUGAGCUCCGACUCCGAGGACUCGGAGUCGGAGCCAGAAUUGGACUCUGCAGAUCUUGCGUUGAAGGCAGAUCUCUGUGCAUCCUUUGAAGCUGUACUUUGGGAGGUAAGGACCCUUGUCGACAUCCAGGAGGAGAUAGCGCGAGCCUUGGAAGACAGUAAAGAGGACCUGGACACGAUGAUACUCAAGGCAGCAAAGGUUGUCCUUUGCACUGUGAGUUCGAGUGGGCGACUGAACCUUGCCUUUUCGCUACCUUUCGAAACUGUGUUGAUUGACGAAGCAGCGCAGGUCGUGGAGGCAGAAAUGUCGCUCGCUUUGCUCAAGCCUCACACAACGCGACUGAUUCUGGUGGGGGACACACAGCAGCUCACAGCAACGGUCAUAUCGCGUCAAGCAGCGAGGUGUGGUUACGCCCGCAGUCUCUUCGAGAGGUUAGAGGAGAAUGGCCAUCCGAAGCUUCUAUUGGAUCACCAGUACCGAAUGCACCCGGAAAUAAGUGUCUUCCCGAGGACUCGUUUCUAUCAAGGGAGGGUUGUGGACGGUCAAAAUGUGUGUGACCCCUUGUCGUACUCCAAAGGUUUCCAAAAAGCUCUCUACGGUGCCUAUGCCUUCAUUAAUGUCAAUGGGGAGGAGAGAUCUGGUCUAGGUGGGAGCAAGCUCAACACCAAGGAGGCUAGCGUCGUUUGCCGCAUCAUCAAGAAACUGGAAGCUUGCUGGAAACAGGACGAAACUCGCAAUGAAGCAAUACUCGAAAUCGGAGUAAUCACUCCGUAUCGGCAGCAGGUCCAGUUAAUUGAAAUGGAUCUGCUGUUUGGCGGUAAACAGCAGCCCGGACGGUGUAUUCAUGUGGAAGUAAAGACUGUUGACGGGUUCCAAGGCCAAGAGAAAGAUGUAAUCAUUGUGACAACUGUCAGAGCCAAUGCGAGUGGGGAUCUCGGUUUUGUGCGGGAUGACCGUCGGCUGAAUGUGGCCAUCACCCGCGGAAAGUAUGCUGUAUGGGUUGUCGGGAACGCCGCCACGCUAACCAAGAAGGAUGGCACUUGGAGAACGCUCAUCAAGGAUGCCGAGAGACGGUCGUGCUACGUCGAGGCCGAUAAGGAUCCAGAUCUGAGCGCUGCGAUGCUGAAAGCAAUUUGACGUGGGUGUCUGUCAAUUGUGCCAGCACUUCCAACAGUACCUUUGUGACGCAUGGGUGAGAAAAAUCUGACUGAUGCUGGUAGGUGGUAUUCUCUCUCUCUCUCUCUUGCUCACUCGCUCGCUCGCUUUCUCUGCGCUUGUUUUUGUCGAGGGGUCUCUGCAAUCCGGCAACCUGUUGUUUUUGUUCAGUUUUGUUUUCAUUUCCAAAGCUGGCUGUAAGGCCUGCAUGGCCGUACUGUCUUCACCCGAAUAGAACGCUUGCCUGGUCGUUGUGGCUGUAUCUGGACUGACAGUUGCUCAAGAUACGGCUAUAAUGACCAGGCAUUCUAUUCGUGUGUAGACGGUUGCGAACUGUAGGAAGAGAUGAAUGCCAUCCUCUUGUCAGUCAGUGCUGUCGGUCCAUCUGAUGAAUGCGAUAAAUCGCAAUAUCCCAG